AUGUCGAAGGAGCAGUCCUUGGAAGAAAAACGUGCAGCCGGACUCGAGUCAAGCCCGGCGAGUGGCAGCAAUCUUGAGCUCGGAAUAGAGAACAACAUUGUAGAUUGGGAGCGAUCCGGCGAUGCUGAGAACCCCGUCAACUGGCCUGCGGCGAAACGGUGGAACCAAAUCAUCAUGAUCUCCAUACUCGGUUUGAUCACGAACCUCGCCCCUACCAUUUGCGCACCCGGCAUCGGCGGUAUCGUUGCCGACUUGAACAUCACCACCGAGACCGUCAGCACGCUUGCCAUCACCCUCUACGUCCUUGGCAUCGCUCUCGGGCCAAUGGUCAUAUCCCCGCUCGGUGAAGUCUAUGGCCGCCUUCCCGUCUACCACAUCGCCAAUCUCGUCUUUGUGGUUUUUGUUAUUGGAAACGCGCUCAGCACUACCGCCGCUCAGUUUAUCGUCUUCCGCUUCCUCUCGGGUUGUGCAGGCGGCGUCCCAAUGGCCCUCGGAGGCGGCUCCAUCGCCGAUCUCACUCAGCUCUCCAAGAGAGGGUUGGCGAUGGCCCUGUUCAGCCUUGGACCUCUGACAGGGCCCGUGAUCGGCCCUCUCAUCGGUGGAGUUAUCGCCGCGAACAAGGGGUGGCGUUGGAUAUUCUGGGUGCUGGCCAUUGUUGGUGGUGCCGCUGGGGUAUCUGCCCUCGCCCUGCUCCGCGAGACACACCCUAAGAUCCUUUUGGAACGCAAGACAGCCCGUCUCCGCGCUGAGACAGGGAACUCGCACCUCCGCUCAAAGCUGGCUCUCCCUCACACACCGAGCCAGCUUCUCGCAAAGGCGCUUGUCCGUCCGGCCAUGCUCCUGGUCCGUUCUCCAAUUGUGCUGAUUUUGUCACUAUACGUCGGCCUCAUCUUUGGUAUUAUGUACCUGCUGUUCACCACCUUCACCAGCGUCUUCGAAGGACAAUAUGGGUUCACGACGUCCACCUCUGGGCUGGUGUACCUUGGCUUGGGCAUCUCCAUGGUUUUUGCUGUGCCGGUUUUCAACAGCCUGAACAAACGCAUGAUUGUACGGGCCAUAGCACUGGGACUGCCCGGACCGCGGCUUGAACAGCGUCUCCUUCCGAUGAUUUGGUUCAGUCCUUCGGUAGCUGUGGGCUUGUUCAUUUACGGCUGGGGGGCUGAGUACAAGGUGCAUUGGAUCGUGCCCAUCAUCGGGACUACCUUCAUCGGCUACGGCGCAUUUUUUGUGCUGAUGCCCGCCCAACUCUAUCUCGUGAACCUCUUCGGUUCCGAGGGGGCAGCUUCUGCCUUGGGUGCUAACCUUCUGCUGCGCUACAUCUCCGGUACUUUCCUGCCGCUCGCGGGGCCCAAGAUGUACCAGACAUUGCACUAUGGCUGGGGCAACUCGCUGCUUGGUUUUCUUGCACUGAUUUUUAUGCCCUUCCCAAUUCUGUUUUACAAGUACGGCGAAUGGCUUCGCGCAAAGACUGCUGUCAAGUUCUGA